UCUCUCUAUCUUUCUAACUCCAGGGAAGCCUCACCACCCACCUUCCCCGCCCCAGGAUGACCUAUCAUGCUCCUUCAGGACCUCAAUACAGGGCGUUUCCAUCUUAAGCUAACCCUGGACUCUGCCUACAUCUAGUUUAGAGCAGAGGACACACCAACCCUGAAGAGUUUGUGAGGCAAGCUCAGAACCGUUGGACGUGAAGAUGGCCCCUGUUCUAACCAAUAAGGAGCUGAUUUCUGCGGGAAUAAAAGAAUUUAAUGUUCUGCUGAAUCAGCAGGUCUUUGAUGACCCCCUUAUCCCUGAAGAAAACAUGGUGACUGUGGUGGAUGACUGGGUGAACUUGUACACCAACUAUUACAAGAAGCAGAUGCUUGGAGAGCAGCAGGAACAAGACAAAGCUCUUCAAGAACUCCAGCAAGAACUGAGUACUUUGGGCAGCCAGUUUCUGACCAAAUAUAGGACCUUUCUGAAGUCCCGAGACAGCACACCGCCUUCCUCAUAGCCUAAAGGUUCAUGGUGUCUCAUCUAAGAACCCUGAAGUCUUGGCUCUGGCUUAUGUCCUCAGACUGUUCUCUCAUGGUGUUGCUGGACCUUGAUAUCUUAAUAAAGACCAAUACUACUAA